AUGAAGAUCAAGACUGUGAGCAGAUCUUCCGACACAUAUGUUCCUGUGAGGAACACACAGGAAUCAUCUCUUCCAAGAAACUUGAACCCAGCCUUGCACCCAUUUGAAAGAGCUAGAGAGUAUACCAAGGCACUUACAGCCACCAAGAUGGAAAGAAUGUUUGCUCAACCAUUUGUAGGACAGCUUGGUGAUGGACACCGUGAUGGUGUCUACUCGAUUGCCAGAAACUUUUCCACCACUAACCAGGUUGCUACCGGAUCUGCUGAUGGUAUUAUCAAGUACUGGGACAUGACUCUGAGAAAGGAGGCCAUUUCCUUCAAGGCUCAUUAUGGGUUGGUCAGUGGGUUAUGUGUUACCCCUAACACCAGCCAUAUGCUUUCUUGUGGUGACGACAAGACUAUUAAGCUCUGGUCCGUGAACACUGAUGAUUUUGAUGGUAGUCAAACCGACCAAGAACUUUAUAGCAAGAAAGGUAGUGGGUUGACAAAGACAUUCCUUGGUGAACAUUCCUUUAAGGGUAUUGAUCAUCACAAUGAUGAAGGCUUGUUUGUCACAGGUGGUGCAUCGAUUCAACUUUGGGAUAUGAAUAGAUCAAAGCAUAUUUCUAACUUGAGUUGGGGUGCUGAUAAUAUUAGCACUGUAAAGUUCAAUAGAACAGAAACAAAUAUUAUAGCAUCAGCAGGCUCGGAUAACUCCAUUGUUCUCUACGAUGUACGGACAAACUCUCCAAUUCAAAAGGUUGUGACUAGUUUGAGAACUAACGCUAUUGCAUGGAAUCCGAUGGAAGCAUUCAACUUUGCAUCGGGAUGUGAGGAUCAUAAUGCAUACUUGUGGGAUAUGAGACGUUUAGAUAGAUCUUUGAACGUUUAUAAAGAUCAUGUAGCAGCUGUGAUGGACGUGGACUUUUCUCCAACUGGUGAAGAAUUAGUUACUGGUUCUUAUGAUAAGACCAUUCGUAUUUAUCGUGCCCGUGAAGGUCACCUGAGAGAUAUCUACCAUACCAAGAGAAUGCAACACGUGUUUUGUGUCAAGUUUACUACGGAUUCUAGAUAUAUUCUUAGUGGAUCCGAUGAUUCAAAUGUAAGACUUUGGAGAUCUAACGCUUCAGACAGAGCUAGCAUUAAAUCCUCAAGACAAAGAGCUAAGCUCGAAUACGAUGCUGCCUUGAAGGAAAGAUUUAAGCAUAUGCCAGAAAUCAGACGUAUAAGUAGACAUCGUCAUGUUCCAAUUGUGGUUAAGAAGGCUGGUGAGAUUAAGAGAGUGGAAACAGAUGCAUUGAAGAAGAGACAGGAUAAUGCCCGGAAGCAUUCGAAGCCUGGCUCUAAACCUUUCCAAUCUGAAAGAGAAAAGCAUAUUAGGGGAACUGCAAUUAAGGAAUAA